GAGUGCCUUGUCCGUCACAGACAGGCAAUUAUUUUUCUGUAACUUUAAAAAGUCAAGACAAUCCCAUUAAAUAAUUCGUUAAAAGUCUCAGUGUCAGGUAAAACAAAAUGCCGAAGAAUAAGGGAAAGGGGGGUAAAAAUAGGAGAAGAGGAAAGAACGAAAAUGAAACAGAAAAACGUGAAUUGGUGUUUAAAGAAGAUGGCCAAGAAUAUGCACAAGUUACAAAAAUGCUUGGAAAUGGUCGAUUAGAAGCUAUGUGCUUCGAUGGUGUUAAGAGGUUAUGUCACAUUAGAGGGAAGCUUCGAAAAAAGGUAUGGAUUAAUCAAGGUGAUAUAAUUUUAAUUGGUUUGCGAGAUUACCAAGAUGCCAAAGCCGAUGUCAUCCUAAAAUACACACCAGAUGAAGCUAGGAACUUAAAAACAUAUGGAGAAUUCCCAGAAUCUGUCAGAAUUAACGAAACAGUUACGUUUGUUGAAGAAGGUUUCGAUGAAGAUAUUGAGUUUGGUGAUGAUAUUAGUUCGUCAGACGAGGCAGAUCCUGUUGAUGGUAUCUGAUGUUCACAAGUAAAUUAUUUCAGCUAUAAACUGUCAUCAAUAUUAACUAAACUCGGAUCAAUAGUAACUGAAUAUAAUACCCAAUUAUUUGCAUUAAAACGAUUAUAAAUAAAAAGUUAAUAGUUGCACCUGUGUGAAUAAUUAGUAUAAUUUUUCGUUUUACUUCUCUUAUAUUUUGUAUAUUAUUUAUAAAGUGCAUCCUAGUUGACAUCAAUAUAUUGUUAUAAUAUAUUUUUAUUGAGAUAUAUACAUUUGCUCUUAUUUAAAUGUCAGGUUUUGUUUUUUAUUUAAUAUAAGUUACAACCAAAUCUAUUCAAAC